AUGCUUCAGCACUUAGAGUUCCCAGAAGAUUUCACUAAACUUAUUAUGGAGUAUGUGACAACCCCUAAGUUCUCAAUCAUGCUUAAUGGUUCAAUGCAUGGAUAUUUCAGUUCAGCUCAUGGUUUGAGGCAAGGAGAUCCCAUGUCUCCUUUACUUUUUGUGCUAUGUAUGGAGUAUCUCUCUAGAGUGCUAAUUCAUAGUGUGAGCAAUAUGCCUCAAUUUCAUUUUCAUCCUAACUGUAAGUCUCUAAAGCUCACCCACCUAUGUUUUGUUGAUGAAUUAAUACUUUACUGUAAAGGGGAGUUUCCUUCUGUUUAUUUGCUACUUCAAGCAUUUAAACUAUUUUCCAGCACCUCGGGGUUGAAAGCUAAUAUGGAUAAGUCAUCUUUGUAUUGUUGUGGCAUGAAAAGUAGUGAUGUUCAGAGAGUUGUAGAUGCCUCAGGUUUGCAAAUUAGUGGCCUUCCUUUUAAAUAUUUGGGAGUCCCUAUUUGCUCAAAAAGGAUCUCAGUAGCUUAG